CCCGUUCACAGAGAGACAAUCGGACGAAGAGGAGCAGUUGGGAUUUCAAGAUGUCAAGUGAGAGCAGACAAUGCCUGCCAUGAGUCAAAGUAGUCCUUGCCUGUGGACUCAGCUCCCUCAGAGCAGUCAGUCCCCAUGUGACCGCUACAAGCACGCCUGCUGCAGCUAUGAUGGAAAUGUCUACAUCCUGGGAGGAAGGGACAACGGCUGUCUGAGGGACUUCUGGAAGUACAGCGUGGUUUGUAAUGAGUGGACAGAGUUGAACUGCACCAGUGAAGCUGCACCAGAAGAACUAGAAGAACAUUCUAUGGUGGCUCAUGAGGGCUUCCUCUACGUGUUUGGAGGCAUGCUGGAUUCUGCAUACACAAAGUGGAGACAUCCCCUCUGGAUAUUUGACAUUGCAAAGCAGAAAUGGGUGCACUGCCAGGGAAAGAUGAGCUCCCCUCAGACCCAAAUGCCAACCAACAGAAAAGGACACAGUGCUGUGGUGGUUGGCUCUGCCAUGUUGGUGUAUGGGGGUUUCAUAGACAUGAAAGGAUCCUCACAGGACUUUUGGAGUUUGGAUUUUGAUACUAUGGCUUGGUCCCUGCUAAAUGGUUCUCAGCAGGGCUCAUCGGGCCCAGGUCCGAGACACAGUCACUCAGCCAUUGCCAACCACAGCUGCAUGUACCUGUUUGGGGGCUUGAAAGGUUUGCGGGAGCAGAGAGACUUCUGGAAGUGGAAUUCCAUCAGCCACAUGUGGAGCUCUCUCAGAAACAAGUCCGGCCCAUCCAGACUGGUGGGCCACUCAGCUGUGGCCUACAAGGACAGUAUGCUUCUUUUUGGGGGAGGUGAGAGCCAGAAUUCUCCAAAGAACUGUCUGUGGAGGUACAACUUCACCACCCAGACCUGGGUGCAGGUCGCCACACUCCCAGGCUCAAACCCCCCAGACAAGAUUUACCACUGCUGCACCGGGCUGGGCCCCAGCUACAACUCCCACACCAGCAGCCCCUGCUCCAGUUCAGGACUCGAACCCAGGCUGCUGGAUGGUAAACUAAGGCCCUUCAAGAACAAGUGCUUCCCUGCCCCGCUCAUGUUUCUGGGAUCAGAGGGAGCUAUAGAGCUGGAGACGUUCAGCCCGGACAAAUGCUACGGGAGCAAAACACUCAAACAGUCUUCAGAACUGGACAACAGCACAGAGGGCUUGAUGGGGAAAGAUGCAAGGCGGAUCGGAAACUGUCUGACCUUUGAAAACAAGGCUUUCAAGAAACAGUGGAGCUGCACAGAAGAGGACCUUCUGGAUGAGGAGGAUGAAGAUGUAGCCCAGCAUCUGCCUGAUCUGCUGCUGUUACUGGGGGGGAGACCUUUCACCACACACAGUCCUAUCUCCAUAUGGCAGAUGACUCUGACUGACUCCUAGCAGCCUGUGGAGAACACAUUUUGUAAACGUUUUUUUCUGUAUGAGAAAUGUGAACAAAAACAGUGUUAUAUUAUCAUUUGACCUUUAUUAAAUCUUAUAUGUUUAAAGGGAUAACUGAGGUUCUGUGAAUAAGAAAAUAACUUACAUGUUUUUAUUAUGCUGUUGCUUUUUUAGUUUUAAUGUUUAAUAAUAUCUAAUCAAUACUGUAACUGUGAAAAUGAUGGAGCAUGCACAUGAACAAAAUCAGGAAUACCAAUUCAAACCCCAGACCUCCCUACAACACAAUAUAGUCCCUUAUAUUAACUGUCCUGUUGUGACAGUUUGGUCUGAGUUUGUACUACAGUAUCAGUCUGUGACAUAAUUGAGCCCCACAGGCUGUGCACGACACAUUGCACAGUUGCCUUCACUUACUGCCGACAUGGAGCCGAUAGUAAUACUUGUCAUACAGUCUGAAUUACACACGAUGGCACCAGAGCUCAGCAUUGUCUUAAUGCCUGAGCUAUAACUGAAGGAAUAAGUCUCAGUUAUCAGUGGUUCCCAACCUUUUCUCUGAAGAAACUCCUUUUCUAUCACUGAAUAAGCUGAUGAUCCCUGAAUAUUAUUUUAUGGAUAUUUCAUAUUAUAUUUAAUGCAUGGCAAUAACAGUACAGAACUGGUAAACUGCAAAGUGAACGCAACAACUGCAGGAAGUUUGUGUAAAACAAGUGAUUUGGAUACAUUUUGAGCAGAUUAUUCCCUGUGAAUAUUGCAUCAGAGUUGAGUUUUCCUGAUAUUCUUAGGAGUUUUUUUGGUAUGAUUCUCUGUCUGUAUCAUGUUUUUUUUUUUUUUUUUUUUUUAAA